CGCCCGCGCCCCAAACCAUUCGCCCGGCCACCGCUCGCUUCUCCGCGUCCGCGCCCGCGCCUCCCGGGCCAUGGCGCUGAGCGAGCCCAUCCUGCCGUCCUUCGCCACGUUCGCCAGCCCGUGCCGCGAGCGCGGCCUGCAGGAGCGUUGGCCGCGCGCGGAACCCGAGACGAGUGGCGCCGACGACGACCUCAAUAGCGUGUUGGACUUCAUACUUUCCAUGGGGCUGGACGGCCUGGGCGCCGAGGCUGCCCCGGAGCCUCCUCAGCCGCCGCCGCCCGCCUUCUACUACCCGGAGCCCGCUGCCCGUGGCCUGCUCACGCCGCCCGCCUCGCCGCUGGAGCUGUUGGAGGCCAAGCCCAAGCGCGGCCGCCGCUCCUGGCCCCGCAAGCGCACAGCCACGCAUACCUGCAGCUAUGCCGGCUGCGGCAAGACCUACACCAAGAGCUCGCACCUCAAGGCACACCUGCGCACGCAUACAGGCGAGAAACCUUACCACUGCAACUGGGACGGCUGCGGCUGGAAGUUCGCGCGCUCUGAUGAGCUUACGCGGCACUAUCGCAAGCACACGGGCCACCGGCCAUUCCAGUGCCACCUGUGCGACCGCGCCUUCUCGCGCUCGGACCACCUGGCGCUGCACAUGAAGAGGCACCUGUAGCCCAGACGCCCCUCACCCCCUGCGCCGGCUGUGGCGGGUCCCACAAGCUGGUGCGGCCCCCUCUUGACUGUGAUUGGUAUUUAUUAGGCCCAGAGGACCGGGCCCGGCACAGCGUGGCCACCCAGGGGCUCCCCGGGUCCGCCGACCCGGCCCCUAGCCCCAACGGAAGGCCCCGUGGGAGAAGACGCCCACAUUCUCCUUGACGAGUUUUGUUUUCAAAAUGGUGCAAUAAUUAAGUGUCUUCUUCCCCGCUCCGGGUCUACACUAGAGAGGCUCGAGACUCGACGCUCUACGCCUUGUGAGAAAUACAGCCUUAAUGUGUACUGUCUGCGACGUUUUUAUAUAAUAUUGUACAUAGCGACUCUGACAAAUAUGGUAUUAAUGUAAAUAGGAAGACAGUGGGCAUUUUGAACGCCUGUUUCAUUUUUAUAAGAAAAAGACUUUUCUGUUUUUUUAAUAAAAAAAAAAAAAAAGUUUU